GUCGCAUUGAGUAUCUACAAUAACUAUUCUCUCUCGUUGUCUCGCCGUCGACGGAGCAAGAGCAACCCUUCGUUCUCAGGAGCUAGGAACUAGUAGGAUUGAGUUGUUAUCUUCAAUCUGCUUUGAGAAUCUGUGAGAGCUGAGAGGUGGGUAGAGAUGACAUUGGAUUACAAACCUUCAGAAGAGUUCGAAGUCAGUAAACUACAGUCGCUCCUUGACUUUGAUGUGACGACGGGUGCGAAGGAGCUUUGGCUUAUCCAGUGCCCUACAAGUCAUGUAUGUUCGGAGAAAGAAUGUUAUCAGCACGAUUGUGCUCUCCACUUGAGAAAGCUCUCUCUCCGCCGGCGUUCCUUUUUCCAGUCAGCUCUUCCGGUGCACAGCCUUUGCUCCACCGGCGCUCAGCCUUCUCUCCACCAGGCCACCUCUCUCUCUCCGCCGGAAAACUCCUUUCUCUCUCAAAUUCCGGCCAACUUUUAGCCUCUCUCUCACGGUGGUCUUCUCAGAUUCUUGUGGUGAAAAAGGACAAGGCAAUAGAAAAAGAAAUAACCAAUCUAUCUCGUAACAAAAGCGGCGCUUCUUCAGAAGUUUCAAAGCUUGAUACUUCUUCUCUGGUGGCUUCUGAUGUCAACACUCCAGAAAUCUUUGAUGUUCAGACUCGAAAUGACCUCGAAUAUGUUAAGAUACCAAGAGAUUCCAAGGUUAAGACUCCGGAAACGCCCAAAGCCAAGGAAGCUGAAGACCAAGAAGUUAGUUUUUCAGAGAAUUGGGAAGUUAAGUUUCCAGAGGAGUUGGAAGCUACCAAAACAUCUGAAGUUUUCAAGGUUGCAGAUCAGUCGAAACUUCAACAAGUUUCUAAGGUUUCUGCUCCUAAAUUGUCUCAAGUGAAGGUUAAAAAAGAGCCAGAUGUUCCUGAGGUCUUGGAUGAUAGGAGUGUUACAGAAGUUUUAGAGGUUCAUGCUCCUUCCGAAGUGUCUGGAAUUAAAGUUUCAUGAGACUUAUGUUCCUGAGGUCCUGGAUGAUAAAAACGCUCCAGAAGUACCUAAAGACUCAUGACUGAUGAAGUUAAAGCUGCAGAGUCAGAACUUCUAAAGGUUCCAGAGGCUACAACUUCAGAGGAUUUAGAGACUGAAGUUCCAAAAGUUUUUGAAGUCAAGACUCCUGAGACAUUGAGCGUUGGAUCAGAGAUUAAGAUUGGCCAAGACGCAAGCAAAGUUAAGACUACAGAAGAAACAAAGGUUUCAGAGUUCGUGGAUGCUCAAGAGAAGAUUGAUAAAUCUGAAUCUCAGAUUCUUGAGGACACUAAAGUGACAGAAGACAAAAACAAAAUUGUGAAGCGUAAAACAAAAAAAGGAGAAAAAGAU